AUGGAGGCAAAAAACCACACAGAAGUAUCAGAAUUUCUCCUCUUGGGUCUCUCAGAAGUUCCCUCACUGCAGCCCCUUCUCUUCGGGCUGUUCCUGUCCAUGUACCUGGUCACGGUACUCGGGAACCUGCUCAUCGUCCUGGCCAUCAUCUCCGACGCCCACCUGCACACCCCCAUGUACUUCUUCCUCUCCAACCUGUCCUUUGUAGACAUCUGCUUCACCUCCACCACCGUCCCCAAGAUGCUGGUGAACCUUCACACACACGGCAAAGACAUCUCCUAUAUGGGAUGCCUCACUCAGGUCUAUUUUUUUAUGAUUUUUGCUGGACUGGAUAAUUUCCUCCUGACCGUGAUGGCCUAUGACCGGUUUGUGGCCAUCUGCCACCCCCUGCACUACACGGUCAUCAUGAACCCCCGCCUCUGUGCCCUGCUGGUCCUGAUGUCUUGGUUCAUCAUUUUCUGGGUCGCCCUGGUUCACCUUCUACUGAUAACGAGGCUGACCUUCUCUGUAGGCACUGAAAUCCCACAUUUCUUCUGUGACCUGACUCAGCUCCUCAAGGUGGCCUCCUCUGACACCUUCAUCAAUAACAUCUACCUGUACGUGUCCACUGUGUUGCUAGGCGUAUUUCCUGUCACAGGGAUCCUCUACUCCUACUCUAAGAUCGUGUCCUCCUUAAAGAGGGUGUCCUCCACUGCGGGCAAGAACAAAGCAUUUUCCACCUGUGGGUCUCACCUCUGUGUGGUCUCCUUGUACUAUGGGACAAGUCUGGUUGAAUACCUCAGCUACGCUGUGACCCCUACUUCCCAGAGCAGCGCCAUAGCCUCGGUGAUGUACACCGUGGUCACCCCCAUGCUGAACCCCUUCAUCUACAGCCUGAGGAACAAGGACGUGAAGGCGGCCCUAAGAAGACUGCUCGGUAGAGCAGCCUCUUGA